UUCGGCUUUCUUCGGCUAUACAUGUUCGGAAAAACUCGGCUCGUCAUUCACGUCUGUUUCCGGAAGUUGACGAAUAUGGUUUAAAAUGGAGAAAUCAUGUUGUUGAAGAGCUGAAUAAGAAUGAAUAAAUAAAUAAAUAGAGGAACACUGACUCAAAUAUAAUUUCAGUAAAACAAACAGCAUGUCGUUUUCUUGGAAGGAGCAACGAAGUAAACAUUUCUAAAAAGCAAUAUUUGGUGUGUUCCUAAACGAAAUGUCGUGGUUGAGUAGCCAUGCAGGUGGUGCUUCCGAGCCCCUGCAGGGUCCGGCUCAGCAGGCGCCCCCCCUGACAGUGCCCCCUGCUGGAGGGGAGGCCCUGUCCUACAUCACGUGUCAGGAGCUGCGGUGUGUGCUGAGCUGGUUCGAGAGCUGGGGCCCCGUGCAGAGAGAGCGCUUCCUGGAGGACCUGGUCUCAAAAGCUGUGCCCGGGAAACUGUGCUCCCUGCUGGGGGGGCUGUCGCUACUGCAGGUGCGUGACCGAGCUCCCAGUAUCUUUGAGUGCCAGCUGCGGCUCUGGACCCAGUGGUUUGAGACCUGGAGUGAGGAGGAGAGGAACGAGUUUCUGCGCCAGCUGGAGGGGGUGGAGCCGGCCUUUGUGGCUCGAUUCUACCAGGAGGUGGCUGGCACUGCGGGCAAGGACUAGCCACGAACUCCUACAGACUAACUGACCAAACUCCUACAGACUAAUUUCAGUCUCCGAUGAAUCUGAGCUACAAGAUUGUCUAUUGGAAAGACAAGUGAAUAAAAAGAGAUGAAACAGAGUUUCUUACCUCUUAGAGCAACAUUAUCCUGCCCCCCUUUAAAGGAGUGCUAUCCCAGCAUUAUCACUGCUCCUCUUUUAACCAAAGCAUCUUUAAAUACAUUUUGUUAACUCUAAUAAGAGGUGAGAAAAUGUCUCAGCCUCUCUAUAGUUUCUAUCAGGAUGUCCCUCAUUCCUGAAGCCGGGAAUCUGAUCCAUCACUGAGAUUAAUUUUGUAUUCUCUGUUUGCUUAUAAAAUUACAUUUUGACAGUGCUCAAUUCAAAGGUGCUCUGUAAUCUUGUAUUUUUAUUUCUGUGUUGCAUUGAUAACGAACCUCUGUCUAGAAAUCUGGGCAGAACUUGUUGGCUGUUCUGCACCUGGCAUAUUAUUUUGUAUGUUUUUGUGGCAAUAUGGAUUUGUAGCGAUUUAAAACAUAUGUAUUUUUUUUUUAAUGUUAUGUCACCUUACCUGUUUCCAAUCAUUCUGAGCAGUUUUUAUUGCAAUUACUCAAAUACUGUGUUUAUUUUUGAUAAGCGUGAGCUUAUCAAAAAUAAGUUCCAGAUGCCUGCCAUAUGUAAUGUAGGCCAAAUCAUUCAUCUUUAUAUUAGUAAGUGCCAGCGCCAUCUAGUGCACAGCUAGUGUACUGCCAGCAAAACACACUUUUGAUCCAAAGUGGCAGAUUGCCGGAUGGUGCUGGCUCUUCUGUGAAGACACUUUAGCUGAUCUACCCUAUACAUGUCUAAUACAGGCAACUAGAACUGAAGAGCGGCUACUGACUCUGUCAAAGCAACACAGACUGAGCAACACAGACUGAGCAACACAGACUGGUCAAAUAGAAGUGAUAAGAACCACUCAGAAUGAUUGCAAAUAUUGUAAAAAUAGAAGAGGAUGGUCAUUUAAAAAAAAUAAUAAAGCUAAUUCCUUUGAGAAUAAAGAAUUCUUCACAUGCCAGAAUACAGUUUGUAUUUGCAAUAGAUUUUUUUCUGUAUUUUUUCAAUAAUAAAAGACCGUUUGCAAUUUUGUAAAACUUAA